AUGAUACUUACAAUUCUCUGUCUUUUCUUACCAUCUUUACAUGCAACGAUAUCACGAAUGCAUGUUAUUAGUCAGCCAGGUAGUGAGUUUCUUCCAAUCGAUUCAAGUGAACUUCUACUUAGUACAAUGGCAUCAAAUCGACGGAGGUGUGCUAUUGCAUGUCACAAUCAAUGGGCUUGUCGUACGUUCGAUUAUGAUUCUAUUUCUCAACGAUGUCGAUUGUAUGAAGGUGAUUUAACUACAGGUUCCAUUGUUACUUCAUCUUCAGCAAGUUCAAUUGUAAUGAGUAUAGAAUUAUCAUCGAAUACGUAUGCUUCAACACAUAAUCAACCGUGUGAAGCAUGUGUUGAUAGUCGUUAUGAACAAUGCUUAAAUAAUAUUUGUCAAUGUCCUCCCCAUACUUAUUGGAAUGGCAGUGAAUGUCUUUUACAACUGUUUCAGAAUCAAACAUGUACACAAGCAGAUGCAUGUCGUAAAGAUUUCAAUUUGACUUGCUUACCGACCUAUAUAAAUACGUUUACAUACUGUGCGAUUACAACCUUAUCGGUGGGAACAACAGUUGCUGGUCAAAUUGAUGGCACAGCUGGUUCGACAACUGAUUCGUUAAAUACUCCUCGUGGUCUUGCUAUAAUUAAUAAUGGCACUACUCUAAUCGUAGCUGAUGCAGGCAAUGCGCGCGUUUUGUCGUUUAAUUUGCUUCAGAAAAGUACAGGAUCGGUAAUAAUGACAACACCUAGUGGGCAGUAUCCGUCGUACGUGAUGGCUUAUCAAAAUUCUAUUUAUGUGGGUAAUCCAGCCGGAAGUUUGGUUCAAAUUUUGCCAUCAAACGCCACUAUUCCUCUAUCAGCACCCUACCUUCAGUCCUGUUCACUACAGUAUUUCAACGCACCAAGUGGAAUAAGUGUGGAUAGUAAUGGAAGUAUAUAUGUUGCUGGUCAAGGAUGCCAUUGGAUCACUCGAUGGACUGGUCCGAUCCCAAGCUCGGUAGCCGGUAUUUCCGGUUCCCCAGGCUCAACCAGUCAACAGUUAUAUUAUCCGUCUGGUAUUUCUAUUGAUCAGCAGCACAGCUUUUUGUACGUAGCUGACUCUUCAAAUCAUCGAGUACAAAGAUUUGAUCUUGAUGGAAGUAAUAUUGGUAGCACAGUUGCGGGUGGUUAUGGUCCUGGUCCAGCAGCAUAUCAACUCUCAAAUCCACUUGAUGUAUGUGUAUCUCAAAAGAACGGAGCAAUUUAUAUAGCUGAUUAUGGAAAUAAUAGAGUACAAAGAUGGGAUAUUAAUGCAACGGCAGGUGUCACUGUCGCUGGAGAUCCAGCAGGUUCACCUGGUGUUACACCUACUGAGCUCAAUGGCCCAUUUGCCAUUACAUUAGAUCCUAUAAAUGAAGCGUUUCUUUAUGUGUCCGAUUUUAACAAUAAUCGUAUUCUCCAAUUUCCUCUUACUUAA